CCCACCUCUUUUUCACUGUCUUCCAUACUUUGCAUCCCUCAAGACAAAGCCCCCCCUCCAUCGUUUCCCACCAACCUUCAGUUAUAUACAUUACACACACAACGUAACAGAAAACCGAAUCCCUCGCUUGGACCUCCAAAUCCAUCUCAGCCUAAAACAUCCGCUGCUCCGUUCCGCCCUCUCCAAAUUAAAAGCGGAGGAGAGAAUCAAGUUGCUGCAAAUGACUGUUGCCACUAACAACAAGUUAAUCUCCGUUCAUCCUCAGGACAUCAAGUUCCAGUUUGAGUUGGAGAAGCAAUGCCACUGUGAUCUUAAACUUGGCAACUCUACAGACCAGCAUGUUGCCUUUAAGGUGAAAACCACUUCUCCAAAGAAGUAUUUUGUGCGACCAAAUACUGGCAUCAUACAGCCUUGGGACUCAUGUGUCAUAACAGUUACUCUUCAACCGCAGCGAGAGAGCCCUCCAGAUAUGCAGUGCAAAGAUAAGUUUCUCCUGCAAAGUACUGAAGUGGCUUCACAUACUGAUAUUGAUGAGCUUCCUCAAGAUACUUUUAAUAAAGAGAGUGGAAGAACAAUAGAAGAACUGAAGCUUAGGGUUGUGUACGUGCUACCCCAAUCAGACUCCGCGAACACAGAUGUUGGCUCCAGACAAAUUACUGAUACUAGCGCAGUUCUGCAGCAUGUAAGAAGUGAAAGAGAUGCAGCUGUCCAGCAAACACAGCAACUGCAACGAGAAUUGGAAUUGUUGAGACAGCGAAGAAAUCGAAAAACUGAAUCAGGUUUUUCUUUGAGAUUUGCACUUCUGGUUGUACUCAUAGGGAUUAUGGUUGGCUUUUUCUUAAACCUGUCACUGUCUUCGCCUUCCACACCUUCCACACCUACAAACUAGUUUGCGCACAGAUUAAUAAUUCAUAGUUUUUAACCAUUUCAGAACAUUUCUAUAUUUUCCUUUUGUUGUAUAAUCGGUUUCCUUCUUUCUUUUUUUUUUUUUUUUUUUUGGGGGGGGGGGGGG